AUGGCUCCCGAUAAGCUCGCGCCAAAUGACUCUCGGGUCAAAACCGAGACUGCUCAGCUUCGGGGCAAAACCUACAAGUACAUUGUCGGUGAACCCGAAGGUACGCCUCUGGAAACCAUGGUUCUUAUCCAUGGCUUCCCCGAUCUUGGAUUUGGCUGGCGCUACCAGGUUCCCUACUUCAUGUCACUGGGAUUCCGCGUCAUUGUCCCAGACAUGCUGGGUUAUGGCGGUAGCGAGGCCCCGGAGUCGCUUGAACACUACACAUACAAGAGCCUAUCAGCGGAUAUCAACGAGCUGGCUCGAAAGUACGUUGGCAAUGAUGGCCAGAUCAUUCUUGGUGGACACGACUGGGGUGGCAUGAUCGUCUGGAAGGUCGCCAGCUGGUAUCCCGAGUUGAUCAAGGGCGUCUUCAGCGUCUGCACACCCUACGUUCAGCCUCGAGAGACCUUUAUUCCUCUCGAGAAGCUCAUUGAAAUGGGUCACCUGCUCAACUUUCAGUACCAACUGCAGUUCAAGGGUCCUGACGUUGAAUCCCGCCUCCAGGGAGAGGAGAAGAUUCGACAGUUCCUCAAUGCGCUGUACGGCGGCCGCACACCUGACGGCGAGCUCGGAUUCUCCACGAAGGAGGGCGUCUUUUUCGACAAGCUGCCAGAGCUCAAACACUCACCACUCGUCAGCAAGGACGAGCUUGACUUCUACGCCAAGGAGUACGCUUCGCAGAAGGCCCCCGAGCUGCGCGGACCUCUGAACUACUACCGCAUGCAGGAGCUCAACCAGCGUGACGACGUGGAGAUAGCCAAGAAGGGAUAUAAGUUUGAGAUGCCGGCCUUGUUCAUCACAGCGACCGACGACGCAGCUUUGCCUCCAGCCAUGUCCCAGGGAAUGGACACCAGCUUCACGAACUUGACCCGGGGCGAGGUCAAGGCAUCGCACUGGGCGCUUUGGCAGGCGGCUGAUGCUGUGAACCAGGAUAUCACGAAAUGGGUUGAUGGAGUGCUGGGCGGAGUGCUCAAGUCUAAGGCGUCCCUAUGA